AUGUUGAGGGAAAUUACAAAAUUAGCCACUGAAGCAGGGAUUGAUGAGGCUUCCAAAUUUGAUGACGAUGGCCGCGCAAAACGGACUGGGAAUGUGUUGACAGCAAGUGGGCACAUAAUAACAGCAGUAAUAGGCUCGGGUGUGUUAGCACUUGCAUGGGCCAUUGCUCAACUGGGCUGGAUUGCUGGGCCCAUUGCCCUGUUGGCCUUUUCUGUGAUCACUUGGUUCACUUCCAUCCUAUUGGCUGAUUGCUAUAGGUCAAGUGAUGGCAAGAGAAAUUAUACCUACAUGGAAGUUGUCGAAUCCCAUUUAGGAGGUUCAAGAGCUCACCUUUGUGGGAUUGCACAAAAUGGCAUAUUUUUUGGUGCAAGUGUAGGAUACACAAUCACAACAUCUAUAAGCAUGGUGGCCAUGAAGAGAUCAGUUUGCUUCCACAAACAAGGACAUGAUGCCGGCUGUCACGUGUCGAACAAUCCUUCGAUUAUGGCUUUCGGAUUAAUACAGUUAGUGCUAAGCCAAAUACCAAAUUAUGAAAAGCUCACGUGGCUCUCUCUGCUUGCCGCUGUUAUGUCGUUCGCGUACUCGUCUAUUGGACUUGCUCUCUCUAUAGCCAAGAUUGCAGAAGACGGAGGACAUGUGGAGAGUACCCUCACCGGAAUACCAAUCGGAGCCAAUAUGUCAGGCAUGGACAAGAUGUGGAAUACCUUUAAUGCCCUUGGAAACAUUGCAUUUGCUUAUACUUUCUCUCCUGUCCUCAUAGAGAUACAGGACACGAUAAGAUCGGGAGUCCCGGAAAACAAAGUGAUGAAACAGGCGACUCUAAUCGGAAUCUCGAUCUCCACCGCCUUUUAUAUGUCAUGUGGGGUUUUAGGAUACGUCGCAUUUGGCAAUGAUGCGCCUGGAAAUUUCUUAACUGGUUUUGGAUUCUACGAGCCUUUCUUGUUGGUCGCUUUUGCUAAUUUGUGCAUCGUGGUCCAUCUUGUCGGAGCUUAUCAGGUAUUUGCUCAGCCACUAUUCAUAUUUGUGGAGAAUUGGAGCAAAGAGAAAUGGAAAGGAAAUAAGUUCAUCGAUGCAGAGUUCCCCAUUGCUUUCCCAUUCUGUGGUAGAUUUAACGUGAGUUUAUUCAGGCUCGUUUGGAGGACGAUUUACGUCAUUUGCACGACGGUUUUGUCCAUGAUAUUCCCAUUCUUUAAUAACAUCGUGGGGCUCAUUGGGGCUGCCGCAUUUUGGCCACUGACAGUGUAUUUUCCGAUCGAGAUGUACAUUGCGAGGUCGAAAAUCGCGAGAUUCUCUUCCAAGUGGGUUUUGAUGCAGACGAUAACUGUCGUUUGUCUCGUCGUGUCUCUUCUUGCGAUUGCUGGCUCUGUUGAGGGUCUGGUGACUUCUGUUAGGUCCUUCAAGCCUUUUCAUUCUGUGUCUUGA